UGGAACAUCGGUGCUGACAUUUGACGAUUUAAAACAUUUCUGCAGGGAUCAUUUGUUCAUUUGCACUCAGAGGAGCAGAAACAGACACACAACAUUUCUUCAGCUCAACGUUUGACUUUCACAACUCAGGAAUGGACCGAGUAUUGAUCCUGUUGGUCGCUGCGUUGAUGGUUUAUGUGGCUCCAGGUGUCCAGGGAACAGCUCAUUUGUCAUUCGCCAAUAAUACAGAGGUUGUGCUCUAUUCACUUUAAUCCUAUCAGUGUAAAGCAUCAUAAUACCAUCCUGACCUUUGUACUUUAAACAGAAAACUGUAGUAUAAUGUGUGUUUGUACUUUUAACAGCGUCUUAACCACUUUCAAUACCAGAGUAUAAAACCUCAUCAGCUACCAGCACUCUGAUGGCUCUAACAGUCAGUUUUAGCUUGAUGCAUUAUUUUUUCUCUUUAUAUUUCAUAUGUUUAUACAAAUAUCCAAGUAAAAUUUUUAAAAGUGACACCUAGGUAUGAUAUUUAAAGCUGUUAUCCAUCAUGAUUUUGAGUUUAAAUAGCUUUAACUUGUCCAUCUGUCUGGUGAAGUAUCAAAAUCUAUUUGUAUGCUUUGUCAUAUUCUAAGUAUUUUACUUUAGUUUGUAUGUAAAACUUUGAUAAAUGAAAACCUGAACUUCAGAUUUCUGGGUUUAACUCAGCCAAGUUUUCCAGAUAACUCAGCUGCUGGUUGAUCAUGCUCAUUUUACACUAAGUCAGCAUUUUCACACAUCACAACAAACAAAACGCAGUAUCAGGUAGAGGUGGUGACUAAUUUCAAUGACGUCUUACUGCUGUAGAGGACAAAAAAGGUGCAGAAACUUCCACUGAAAGCAUUCAAACAACAUACUUAAUUUUAAAUCCUUAGUUGUAGUUGUUUAAUAGUUGUUUGAUCACAAAACUGGCUGGAGACAUUUAAGCUGUUCAAUGUCAAAUAUUUUUAUGACAUUCUGUGUGAGUGACUGUGUAUGUGUGUGCGUCUACCAGGUGAACAUCACCCGGACAGGUUGUGGAGUGACUAAACUGUGUUUGGAGACGCCGGACAACUGUGAUCCUGCUGGAAACACAAGCUGUCUGUUUGGAUCUGUGAACACCAGUAACUCAGUGGCUCCCAAUGGCACCGAGCUGUCCAUCGAACUCAGAGGAGACUCCUCAGGAUACGUAGCGCUGGGACUCACCGUGAAUGCAUCUGAGGGCACCACCAUGCUUUUCAUCUGUGCUAAAAACAGCUCCAACAAUGGGUCGUUCUUCUUCCGCUCAACGCAGAGAAACAACAGCAACACUGACGCUGCACCAACUCCAACAGAGAGGAGAGUGACAGAAAUCCGAGGCUCGGUGCAUGGCAAUGUGAUCCGAUGUGAGUUCAACAUCCCGAAUGUGAACGCCACCAACACCAGGUCCAGUGAUACCACCUUCUCCGUCUUGCUCGGGGUUGGAAGUUUUGAUGGAAACGCUCUCGGGGCCUUUAAUGUCUCUCUGAACAGCGGCCCCCUGAACCUCGCCAACCCAAGCAGCAACGUCGCCACCACAUCAGCACCGAACAACGCAACGACGACCACAUCAGGAGCCAGUGGUGCAGUCUACAACCAUGCUGUGCUUCUCCCUCUGAGCAUCCUCACAAUGUCCGUCAUGCUGAGAGCCUAAAAGAGUCCAGGAGGAAGUUGUGGCCAGAAGGAUCCAAUGAAGACACUUAAUAAGUUUUAUUUACACACAGAGAACCAAUAAAACUGUGUAUAAUAUAUAUUUUUUACUAAAGUUAUUUGUUAAAAGUAUCUUUUGCACCGAACUGUUUUGUAAUUUGAACUGAGGCUUAAAAAUAUGAUGUUCAGAUUUGCAUUUGCAAACACUUCUCGGGGGUUUUAGUGACCAAAUAAUUCAGUUCUCUGCAUUGAACUGAAGGAAGAUGGUGACUUAAUUUACACAAUAGAAGGGAAAUAUUGUUGUUUUGUAUUUGUGUGCAACUAACCACUUAAACCCGCCCAUCUGGCACCACAAGCAGCGUCUGCAAAUGCAAAAUUACAGACUUGGAGCUAACGAGUUUGAACCGUUUCCCAGAAGAUCUUGGCAGUAAACCUCAACAGUUUACAGAUGACGACUGGAAAAAAGCCAAACAUCAAUUUAAGGGAAACCAAACCCAAGAAAGGAUCGUUAUUAUGUUUUAAUACGUAUAUGUUUAUGUAAUGUGAAUGUAAAAUAUUUGUGGAGGAUGCAGGCGAAAAGUGAUCAUGUGAUCUAAAAUAAUAAUAAAGUUGAAACUAUGAUUUUAUGUUUAUGGCAUCAUGUCAUGGACUCAAAAAAAAACAAAAAACAGCUUUACCACAUAUUGAAUUACACCUCACAACAUGCUGCACAUAACAGAUCAAAGUAAUUGAUUACACACUUGUAAUGUAUCCAAUCUACCAAGAAACCUGCAGGACAGUCUGAUGUAACUGAUCAUUAGAGUAGAUCUCUGAUGUAAUGAUGCAUGAUGGGAUCAAGAGUUUGAAUAAAAAUGAGUCUUUUUGAGCUACUGGUGUCACUCCGACUGUCUCGUACUCAUUACCUGAAUUCUGUCAGGGGUCAAAAAAGUUUUGGACGUGAAUACAACAGGGGGAAAUAGUAGUUACCUGGAUUUAACUCCAGUUGUUUCGUUCCUUGCCUUUGUAACAUUAAAUACAUCAUUUGAGC